AGGUUUGAAAAGCCGUUACGCGGAAGGGGUGACGUCUGCAGAUCGCUAUCAGCAAAUUAGGAGAGAAACCCACCAAAAACGUCGGCCAUAGGCGCAGUCCAAAUUUCAACAUCUACUACUUAGGACGACGUCGUCGUACAUCAACCACCGAUCAUUUCAAGGUUUGUCGCAUUUAUGCCUUUGUUCAUCCCACAACGCUCUCGUCCCUUCCGACGCCGUCCAUCAUUCUGGGCCUUUUUUCACUCAAUUAUCCAGUACCUUCUAAAUAUACAAUUUGCUAGAAAGCUGAUUCAAAUGGGAUGGGGAAACAUCUACAAGAGGCGAGUGAAAGUUUUCACAUUAGCUAUUUUAAUCUACAUCGAUUAUAAGGUACUGCAACAUAGAGAAAAAUGGACAAAGAAUUCAAAGAGGGCCGAUCUUUGGGAUAAAGCUCAUGAACGUAAUGCUAGGCGUGUUCUCAAAUUGAUAGUACAGCUGGAAGGCUUAUGGGUGAAACUAGGACAGUACCUAUCUACACGUGCUGAUGUGCUUCCCCCAGCCUAUAUACGCCUUCUAAAACAGCUACAGGACUCUCUCCCCCCUCGCCCACUGGAAGAGGUUUGCCAGACUAUCACCGUAGAAUUGGGGAAAUCAAUGACUGAUCUCUUCCUGAAUUUUGAUGACACACCACUGGCUACGGCAUCAAUAGCUCAAGUUCAUAGGGCCACUCUGGCUGAUGGGCAGGAAGUUGUUGUUAAAGUUCAACAUGAGGGCAUAAAGGAAAUCAUACUGGAGGAUCUGAAAAAUGCUAAAUCCAUUGUUGAUUGGAUUGCAUGGGCAGAACCACAAUAUGACUUCAAUCCCAUGAUAGAUGAAUGGUGCAAAGAAGCACCCAAGGAACUCGACUUUAAUCAUGAGGCUGAAAAUACUCGGAAAGUUUCUAGAAAUCUUGGCUGCAAAAGUAAUUCUGAUGAUAACAACAUAAAUCGUGUGGACGUCUUAAUUCCAGAAGUUAUUACGUCAACUGAGAAAGUCCUCAUUUUAGAAUACAUGGAUGGAGUGCGACUAAAUGACUCAGAAUCUCUGCAAGCGCUGGGUGUCGACAAACAAAAACUGGUCGAGGAAAUUACACGGGCAUAUGCACACCAAAUUUAUGUUGAUGGAUUCUUCAAUGGUGACCCUCACCCUGGAAAUUUCCUUGUGAGCAAGGCUCCUCCACAUCGUCCAAUUUUGCUAGAUUUUGGGCUCACAAAGAAGCUAUCGUUUCCUAUGAAACAAGCUUUAGCAAAAAUGUUUCUAGCAUCUGCGGAGGGUGAUCAUGUGGCACUUUUAUCUUCCUUCGCAGAAAUGGGACUUAAGCUGCGCUUGGACAUUCCUGAGCAAGUGAUGGAAAUAUCAAGUGUGUUCUUCCGCAAUUCAACACCAGCAAGUGAAGCUUAUCAAACCAUGAAAUCUUUUGCUGAGCGAAGGACUAAAAAUCUGAAAGUCCUGCAAGAGAAGAUGAAGCUAAACGAAAAGGAAGUAAAACGUUUUAAUCCUGUUGAUGCUUUUCCAGGUGAUAUCAUUAUAUUUAGCAGAGUUAUUAAUCUUCUCAGAGGUCUUUCAUCAACAAUGGAUGUACGCAUAGUUUAUGUGGAUAUCAUGAGGCCAUUUGCUGAAUCUGUUUUACAAUGCAAUGUGAACAGGGGUCCAGCAUUUAAUGCAAACUGGAUUCAUGACACUCCUGUUCUUUCUGAUGUUGAAGACAAGCUGCGGAAGCUCUUAAUUGAGCUUGGGAAUACUGAUAAAGUACUUGGAAUCCAGGUAUGUGCAUAUAAAGACGGAGAAGUAAUUAUUGACACUGCUGCUGGGGUGCUUGGCAGAUAUGAUCCUAGACCUGUUCUGCCUGAUAGUUUAUUCCCUGUUUUUUCUUCUGAAUUUUGUAGCAGGAAGCUGAAGCUUGAGGACAAAGUUGCAAAUAUUUGGCCAGAAUUUGGAUCCAAUGGGAAAGACAAAAUAAGGGUUCAUCACGUGCUUAAUCACACAUCUGGUUUGCACAAUGCCUUGGCCAGCCUUACACGUGAAAACCCUCUACUUAUGACUGAUUGGGAUGCAUGUUUAAAUUUCAUCGCGGAGAUGACGCCAGAGACUGAACCUGGCCAUGAACAGCUAUACCAUUAUCUAUCCUUUGGUUGGUUGUGUGGCGGUAUUAUUGAGCAUGCAUCAAGGAAGAAGUUUCAGGAGAUCCUUGAAGAAGCAUUCGUUCGCCCUCUUAAUAUAGAUGGCGAACUAUACAUUGGAAUCCCUCCAGGUGUGGAAUCUCGGCUUGCAACUCUCACAUCCGAUUUGGAUGACAUUAAGAAACUCUCUGAGGUCAGUGACCGCCCAGGCCUACCAUCCAGCUUCCAGUUCCAGCUCCAAGAUCUCUCCCAAAUGGCAUCUACCCUUCCUGCCUUAUUUAACACACUUCAUGCCCGUCGUGCCAUAAUACCUGCUGCUAAUGCACAUUGCUCGGCCCGUGCUCUUGCCCGCUAUUAUGCAGCUCUAGUGGAUCAAGGUGCCAUUCCACCCCCACAUUCUUCUUCCACCCAGCCCCGGUUGGGAAGCCAUCCGCACAUCCCUGAGUUUUCAUCUCAGAAGCCCACCAAGAAACGAAAAGGUUCCAAGCAUGCACAUAAUACUGACAGUUCCAAAAGUACUAACUUAAGCAGAGAGGAUAGCGGCAAGACCUACACUGAAAUUCCAACCGAUGAUAGUAACUGCAAUGGCACCAUUUCCGUAGCUAUAGAUGGAUUUGGUAAUGACCGGAAAACUGUUAAACUUUUUUCAAACAGCAAAAUUCACGAUGCCUUCAUGGGAGUUGGAGAAUAUGAGAAUUUGACACUUCCAGGAGGGCAGUUUGGGCUCGGCUUUAAGAGAUCUUACUCGGAGGAUGGUAACUUGGUUGGGUUUGGGCAUUCGGGCAUGGGCGGCUCGACCGGAUACUGCGACAUAAACCACAGAUUUGCCAUUGCUGUGACUCUGAACAAGAUGAACUUUGGAGGUGUGACUGCAAAGGUGAUACAGCUAGUCUGCUCAGAACUCAAUAUUCCAUUGCCAGCAGAUUUUUACAGAUUUACAGAGAGGAUUAAUGAUAAUGAGUCAAACAUAGUUGGGCCUUUGAUUAAUUGAUACGAAACCUUGAAUUUUUUCCUGUCCUUUUUGGCUUUGUAACACACAAUAGUAAUUUGAUACAUGCUCUCCAACUAUAUAGUCUCUUGAAUUACUUGUAUAUUUAAGCAAUAAUUCAGAAAUAGUUUUCCAAUUGAUCUGUUAUUUUUUCGUCU